CAGUUUGAGUUGACAGUUGGUUGACCUUUUGACAAGGUUAUUUUAUAAAAGAAAUAGAUAUUAGUCUUCUUCUCUCUCUUAUAUAGUUUGAAAUUCUCAUUUUUCAAAUUAUAAUGAUUGAAAUGAAAUUAAAUGAAUGCUUGAUUAGUAAGAAUAUCCGAUAGUUUUAGGGCACUCUGUACAUUUGAAUAUUUCAUAUGUAUGUAUGUAUUUGCAUAUGAUUAGAGAACGUUUACGUCAGCUUAUCUAAAUCGACAAAAAAAAUCAUACUUUGUUACAUUGAUUAUUAUUUUAUCAUACGAAAAUGAUCCAGAACAUCUCAGGAAAAUUACAUUAUUCAAUUGGCAGUGCAACAGUUACACGUGCUGCUGUCAGAUGGCUAUCGACAAGUUCUGUCACAACAUCUUCUAAAGACAGAAAAGACGCAGCCAACAUACAAACAAACAUGGGUGACGAGAUCCUUUUAAAAGAUGUCGGAGAUAACGGUGCAAUAAUUUUAAAUCGGCCUAAGGCAUUGAAUGCCUUAAAUUUGUCCAUGGUCCAAAAGAUUUACCCCGUUCUUAAAAAAUGGCAAUCUUUGAAGAAGUUGGUAAUAAUAGAGGGUGCGGGUGAAAAAGCGUUUUGCGCAGGUGGCGAUGUCAAAUCACUCGUUUUGGCAUUGAAUGAACCAAAUGGUGAAGCUCUGGGCGCAGAAUUUUUCAAAAAGGAAUACACCUUAAAUCAUUUAAUUGGAACAUACAAUAUACCUUAUAUAGCUAUAAUUAAUGGGAUAACCAUGGGAGGUGGCGUUGGACUGUCUGUACAUGGCAAAUACAGAGUCGCCACGGAGAAAACACUUUUUGCUAUGCCUGAAACGGCGAUAGGAUUAUUUCCUGAUGUUGGUGGAAGUUACUUUUUGUCUAGAUUGAAAGGAAAAUUGGGUAUCUACCUAGGACUGACAGGACAUAGAUUGAAAGGUAUCGACGUACUUCUCGCUGGGAUUGCAACGCACUUUGUCCCAUCGGAGAAACUCGCAGAUUUAAAACACGACCUGUUAACAUUGCAAAACGCUACUGCUGAUACAGUCGAGGAGAUCUUAAAUAAGUAUCAACCAAAAUUAAAUCAUGAAUUCAGUUUGGCAGCUCACAUGUCGCAGAUAGAAAAUUAUUUCUCUGCUCCGUCUGUUGAAGAGAUAAUUGAGAGGUUAAAGAAAGACAAUUCAGAAUGGGCGCAGAAGAAUGUAGAAACAUUACUCAAGAUGUCUCCAUCGUCUCUUAAAAUUAGCAAGAAAGCAAUUGAUGAAGGAAAAGGAAAAUCUUUGGCAGAGUGUUUAGAGAUCGAAUAUAGAUUGGCGUAUACUGCUCUGAGCAAAAAUAGCGAUUUCUACGAAGGUGUUAGAGCUCUCCUGCUUGACAAAGAUCAAAAACCGGUAUGGAAGCCGUCGUCCUUGACCGAUGUCACUGAUGAAUAUAUAAAUAAACGAUUUGCAACACUUCCUGCAGAAAAAGAAUUAAAAUUGCACGUUAGCAAACUGUGACAAAAGAAGUUUACUAAUAUUGUUUACUGAAUAUUGUUAUAAAAAGAAUAGAGAAUUUUUUAUAUUUUAGUUUUGUACAGAUUAUGAGAUUUAUAUUAAAAUUAUUGAUGUGUUAUCUUUAC